GAGGAAAAGCCGUAGCAGUAAGUGGCAAGAGCAAAGAGGAAGUCGAUGGAGGAAAGCAGCAGCAGCAGGGGAAUAAUACCAGAGCCGGUGAUGGAUUCAGUGAAAAGCAGCUUAGGGCAUCUAGAACAAGUAGGAGCCGAGUUGCCCCAAUUCUUGGCCCUCUGUUCCGACCCCGAUGUCCUCGCCCAAAUGCCCCCCAUCGACCGUGCCCACUCACUUCUCCUACUCUCCAAUCUCACCACCACUCUCUUCACCCUCAGGUUGCGGUGCAGCGGCGUUUAUGAUGAGGACCACCGCGUCAACUCCGAGCUUGAGAGGUUGAAAUUGUAUCAGGAGAAGCUACAGCGUUUCAUUGAUUUGAGCCAAGCACCAUUGCGACCAUCCACCACCUUGAAUUAUCAGGCAGCAACCCGUUUCAUCGAGCACUCUCUGCCAGACCUCACCCCAGAUCAGAGGCAAAGUAUGAGAGACAUUAGUAAAGGGGAGGCCGGAAAGAUGAAAUAUCUCGAAAGGAAUGUUCAAAAGAAGAGGAAGUUUCAAUCACCUAAUACACAAUCUGUUCAAUCUGCUGCCAAGGAGUUUCUUGAGAAAGCUGCUCGCGACCUUCUUGGUGAUGACCAUGGUGGUGUAAAGGGGCCUCUAAGGGCUGGCUUCUCAGAUAAAGAUAAUCUCAAUUUGGACUGAUUUCCACAUGUUCCCUGGGUUUACUGAGGCCAAAUUCACCGAUAUGCAUCAUGUUCACCCUCUGUAUGGAGCUUUGCAGUUCUCUGGUGGCAGCACAAGUUUUCAUAACCGUAAAAUUAGGACUAUUUUCACAAGUUACCUGAGGAAUGCCCCAGCUGUCAUCUUUUGGCCUUAAGUUUCUUUGUUGUAGUUAUAUAUCUACGCAAAAUGUUAGCAUAUCUAUUUUCAACAUUACUUGCGCAGUAUUAGUCUCUUUAAAAGGUUAUCUGUCAAGGUAUGGAUUCAUGCCUUUGAAGGUGAUUCAUGAAUGGUAUUGUUUUAGCAGAUGAAAUUAUAGG